GUGCCCGCGGAGGCGGUGCAGGCGUCGUCGGGACGGGGUGCCAAUGCGCAGGCGCGGGGCUGGAGCCUCGGCCCCUCGGGGAGCUUGGAGAUGGCGGCUGCCGGGGACGCUUCGCGGGAGCCGGCGGCCUCGGAACCGCCGGCGGAGCUGCCUGCCUCGGUGCGGGCGAGCAUCGAACGGAAGCGGCAGCGGGCGCUGAUGCUGCGCCAGGCCCGGCUGGCGGCCCGGCCCUAUCCGGCUACAGCGGCGGCGGCGGCUACCGGAGGUGUGGCUAAUGUAAAAGCAGCCCCAAGGAUCAUUGACACAGGAGGAGGCUUCAUUCUGGAAGAGGAAGAAGAAGAACAACGUACAACUGGAAAAGUUGUCCAUCUACCAGGACCUGUUAUGGAAUUUGAUUAUGCAAUAUGUGAAGAGUGUGGUAAAGAAUUUAUGGAUUCUUACCUUAUGACCCACUUUGAUCUGGCAACUUGUGAUAACUGCAGAGAUGCUGAUGAUAAACAUAAGCUCAUAACAAAAACAGAAGCCAAACAAGAGUACCUUCUGAAAGACUGUGAUUUAGAGAAAAGAGAGCCGGCUCUUAAAUUUAUUGUGAAGAAGAAUCCUCAUCAUUCACAAUGGGGUGAUAUGAAACUCUACUUAAAAUUACAGAUUGUGAAGAGGUCUCUUGAAGUUUGGGGUAGUCAGGAAGCAUUAGAAGAAGCAAAGGAAGCUCGACAGGAAAACCGAGAGAAAAUGAAACAGAAGAAGUUUGAUAAGAAAGUAAAAGAAUUACGGCGAGCGAUAAGAAGCAGUGUGUGGAAAAGGGAGACAGUUGCUCAUCAGCAUGAGUAUGGACCAGAGGAAAACCUAGAGGAGGACGUGUAUCGGAAGACUUGUACUGUGUGUGGCCAUGAGCUGACCUAUGAGAAGAUGUGACUUAAGUUAUUCACAGAUGAAUGGGACACUUGUGUAAAUAACGCUUCCGAAGAAAUAUAUAUGUUACAGCUUCAGUUUCUGGUCUGGUUGUGGGCAAAUACUGGGUCUGUGAUUGCUUUUCUCUACAGUAGGGAUUAGAGCCAAGGGGGUGGAAUAGGUUCAAAAGUCAGCUUCGAGCUAAAGUUGAGAAAUAUACCGAACCAAACCCUAGAUUGGAAUAGGAGGAAGAACUUUUUGGUAAGGGCAACUGAAGUGAAUUUUUCUAGGAAACAACAGGGACAGUAGUAGAUCCUGCGCCCCAGAGGCUAGCCAGGUCUUCUAGACCCUGUCUCCACAUGAGGGAGUGGGGAGCUGUUGUUGGACAAGGCCUGACAGCAGGAAUUGAGUCAUGGCAGUCUGAUCAUGCUUUCGGUAUCCUUAUGGCUUAUUACCAUAGGCCCUAAUGUCCUUGUUGAGGUAGCCAUUUUCACAUCUGGAUUAAAAUGGAAAAACAGCCAUAUUGUCUUCUUGAUCAGAAAAGGUACUAAGUGUAUCCUAACUUGCUAACAUUUUACAGAGCACUUACUGGACCAGGCGGGUGUGAUGUGAAAUGGCUUACAGGUAUUCUCAUUUAAUCCUGGGAGGGAAGAUAAUUUCUGUUUAUUUCACACUUCUAAAGUGAUACUACAACCUGACAUCACCCCAGACAUCUGGAACAAGAUUAGUCACUUUUGCUGUCUUGUCAAAAGAUCACAAGGUAGUUACAGCUAUUAAGAGGAUUUGUGCUUGAUUAUAGGAUCUAUGCAAGAUAGAUAGAUAUACACAUACACAAAACCUGUUCAGGUUAAACUGGAUAUUAUCAAGUUGUUCUUUGACAUGGCUUUUUUAGUCCUGUUGCUACAAAUAGAAAAAAUAGGAAGUUUAUAUGUUUAUAUGUAAAGGAAGAUGUAUCAUCUUCUUUUCUAGAUCAGCUCUCCUGGAGAUGAUGCUUGCUUGAAGAAAGGCAAAUCUAAACUAGUCCAACUCAAAUAGACUUUUGAGACUGUAAUUACUAAUCGUUCUCUAAGAAUUCAACACAGAAAUGUUUACUAUAUUAGUCCAGUGUUUAUAUAUAUAUAUACAUAUAUAUAUACAAAUUUUUUUUUUAAGUGUGCCAUGCCAAUUACUGACUGGUUCAGAAUGGGCGGCAAGAUGCUCCUGGUACCACAAAAAAGCUUCCAGCUUGAUGUUAACAGAGUAAUGAGGGGGUCUAGGCAGCUGUAUUAACUGCAUGGGCAAUAAAAAGCCGUUGAAUCCCAGGAACUUAGGUUCAAAUUCCUCUUUUUUAGCUGUGGGCCUUGGGUAUGUUACUUCAUGGGAGUAUUUUGAUCUGCUGGAUGGGCACAAUCAUCUCGCAGAGAACGGUUGUGAGGAUUAAAGAUGGCCAAUCUGUGGCAUGUGGCACUUGAGCAUGUAAUCUCAUCAGGACAGCACAGUUCUAGAUUUGUCUGGUUUCCCGUAUGCUUCUAUGCACGCUUUCAUCACUUGAAGAGGAUCCCAGUAUCCAGAGAAUACUGACAGCACAAUGUAUUCUACCCAGGUUGGCAAGUUUUUUCCUCCUUUCUCAUUUUUAGGUAUAAUUACAGAUUAGUAAAUUAUGUAACAAACUAUUAAAUACUUUCCAGGAAGACCAAGCAAACUUAUUUUCAUAUGAACCACUGCCUGAAUUAUUCCUGGAAGGGAGAUUGAGAAUCAAGGAAAACAUAGCAUAUGUUCACUUUGACGAAGGAAAUGUUAAAUGGCAUUGACAGAGUAGUUAACAGGAUUCCUUUGCGAGGUUAUGGUAGUGAGCUGCCGUUCUUUUGUCUGCAUGAGCUGCUUGAGUGGGGAGAGCAGCUGCUGAAUGUUUUUGCUCUUAUGCCUUUUUUUGGAAAUUCAACUUCGUUUUUUUCCAUAAACUUAGCUACCAAACUGUACAAGAGCAGGGUCCCGCCAGUGAAUUCUUGUGAGAAGCAAUAUUACACGUGAAAAGAGGAUCCAAGAGAAAAACUCCUCUAGACUUGGGAUCCAGCAGGUAUACCAGCCAAACUGCAGGUACACUGGGCUAGGGAAGGCUACAGGACAGUGUAGGGUCAAAGUUGCCAGAGCCAUAAAUGGUUAUUGUUUUGGCCUCUUGAGGACAAGAGCCAUGUCUGACUUGUGGGAAGGAGGAACAGCAUAACUAAAAGAAUAUUUAGACAAGAACCUGGGUGUUGGUCCCUUUCCUGCUGGUAACUUGCAUUAUUUGUUUAAAUGGUAUUUAAAAAUCCUAGGAAUUCUUCUCUCUUGAGUAGACUAUAUUCUGUAGCUACUAAAUGUGGGGUAAACCAAAGAAACUGGGUAAUAUGAAAAAUGCUAAUGCCUGCCUCUGCAGUUUAUGACACAGUAAGUUAACAAUACCGUGUUGCACAGAUGACCAGGAACACUACUUACCAGUUGUGGGGUUGCUGAUAAAUUUUUAAGUUUAGUGAAGUCUUAAAAUGCUAGCGAUUUGCAAUGUCAGGGAAUCCCUUAGACGUGAUUAUUUCAUGUGCGGUCUUAUCUGAGCUAAGCUUUAAUACCCUAUAGGAAACAGGCUCAAGAAUUAGUAAUUACUUGGACCAAGUUCUUUAGAAACAAAGUUCAAACCUACAUAGAAUUCCAAGUACAGUUUUAGCUAGUCUAGCUACUUCUGUUGCCAGUUCAACAUGUACUUCCCUAGUGGAUCUUGGACAAAUCUGAGACUAGAGGAGAUGACCAGAUGGCUCCAAGGUCAUGGUUCCCACAGCUGCCUGCACACUGGACAGCACCAAGGGAGGCUUUAAAUGAUGGCUGGCUCCACUUCACUCCCCAGAGAUUGUGGUUUAAUUUAGAAAAUAACUGAAGAAUUUGGGUGGUGCUACUCUGAAUAACAUUUAUUAAUAUUACUUAAAAUACUUUAGAGAAGGAAUUCGAAGUGAGGGACGUACACCUUCAAUAAGAAAGCGAUUUUUAAGUAGACUGAGAUAAAUCAUGAAAUACCGAAGUUUAAAAAACAUUUAGUUUUAUUUCAGCCGUAUCAGGUUAUCCAUGAGCUGUGAAAAGCUAUGCUACUUGAUAGUAAACCCACCAGUUCUAUAUACUACUUUGUAAGCUGGACCUCUAGUGUUCACAUACCUUAAAUCACUUAUCUUUUGUGCCUUAAGGAAAAAAAAAAUACCAGAAAAGUUGUAUCUGUUACAUAUAUAAUACAUCCUAUGGUCAUUGUCACAUAGUCGGGAAUUUUCGCUUUGUAGGGGCCAUUGAAGGUAACCAAAUGCUCUAUUCCUCACCGUCCUCUUCCCUCCCCCCCCUUUAAUAAGUGAAAGGAUGCUACAAGAAAGCAAGCAUUCAAACCAUCAAAAAAUAAGACAAAUUAUUUUGAGAUAUUUUUUAAAAAUCUUGACAAGGGAAUAAAAGGAUCCUUAGGCCUGUAGGGCACAGAACUGCUGGAACACAGCCAGGAUAUGCGGGUCUAACUCGGCAGUGAAGAGCAGGUUCUCCAGGGUCACCAUGUAUUGCUGAAUUAUUUGGUGAUGCUGUGGACACAGAAAAGGGGAGGUUUAGGUCAGGAAAAAGACCACUUGAGCAGCCUGUCCCUGUUGUGGAAUGAAUGGGAAGGGGCAGGAGAAAAAAAGUGGUUAUGCUUGAUAGGAAGGAUGGGCUCCUGAAAAGCCCCAAUGUUAAGAAAAUGUAGAGGGAAAAAAAAAAAGCAGG